GGCAGGAUUUCUGUGUUGUGGAAACCCGACGUCAGGUUGCCAGCAUUGUCAGAGCUUUCUCUUCAUUCAGCGGUUUAAUAUGCCUGACAGGAGCUCAGAAACCUUCAGCCAGAUGCAAAACCCAGAGAAACCACAAAAUGACCCUGCAGGAGCACAGAUAAACAUGGAUUCAUAUGAUUUCCCUUCACAUGAUGCAAUCUCUCAAAUCCUCCAGGAGUAUCUUCAACUCAAAAGGCCCAAAACUCAAACCAGGACAGAGUCUGUACCACAAAAAAAGGCUAACUCUCAACUGAACCGAACGUUUGAUGUGAAUUUAGCACACAAAAGUCCUCCAGCGUCUGAUUUAAAAGAUGAGUCCCCUAAUGGCGAAGUCAGUGAACAUCAAACUAAGGAGCUGGAAAACUACAGUGGGGCUCUGCAUAAGAUGGCGGAGGACAUGAUCGGCUUGCGAUCUCAGAUGAGGGUUUUGGAGUCUGAGAACAGUGAUCUGCGACGGGAACUCUCUCUGCAUCAGGACCUGGGACGAACGCUGCUGGAUGACACCGACGUCGACGUCAUGACCAACACUGAGAUCGCUGACCGCAUUGCCUCUCUGAAGUUCAAGCUGUCCAGUGAAAGCAGCAAAGCAUCCGCCAUGAAGGACAGAAUCCAACUGCUUCAAAACGAGCUCAUCAAGAAGAAUGACAUUGAGAAACAGUUUGUCCAGUUGCAAAGAGCACAUCAACAGCAGCAGGCUGUGUUAAAACGAUACCAGACCCGUGACAAGAAAAUAACUGCACUGGAGGACACAGUUCGCCAACAAGAAAAGGUCAUUGAGAAGAUGGAGAAAUUAUUGGAUGCAAAUCUGAAGGAAAGAAGAAAAGGCAAUUCAGAGAAGAAGAAAGCAGCCAUGAAACAAAAAGAUGAAGAGGAGAAGAGAAGAGAGAUCGAGUCUGUGUUUGUGGCAGAAAACUCUCGACUCAGAGAAGAGCUGGAUAGGCUGCGUAAUCUCCCUCCACCAAUCAUCAUUCAACAGCCUGCGCAGUCCUUAUAUCAGCCUUUCUCAGACAGUGAGAAACUGGAAUUACUGACACAACUGGCGAGAGCUGAGGGUCAAAUCCAGACACUGGAGCAGCAGGUAUGUGGUUCCCCACUACCCACACUACCAUUAUGGAGCUAACAGCAACCAGACAUGGUGUAUCUUAUUUCAAUACAGUUCAUUAUCAACAUUUGGAAAAUUCUCGAAAUUUAGAAAAAGUAUUAUAAACACAUUCAGAGGCAUAAGGUCUGGAAUUACUUAUGUUAUCUUGUUAAUGCUUAUAUUUUGUAAUGUAUGUAUGUUUAUAAUGAGGCAACAAUCACAUGUAAACUGCUGAAUAUAAGUUAAUGCAUGUUUAUGCAUCGUGUCAUAUCACUCAGCUCUUACUCUGAUUUUCUGUAAAAAGGAGGCCAAAAACUCUUUAACUGUUUAUGCAGAGUUUGAUAUUAAUUUCUGCCUCAGUUUUCAUACAUGUUAAAAUCACAAAAUAAAGUUAUAAAUACA